GACUGUCUGCAAUAUAAAAAAUAAAUUAGAGCUGGAGCCCGGACUCUGCCUGGUUUCCUGGGAGCUCUUGAGGAUAAGGACAAUCUACUCCCCCUGAACUCUUGGCCUUGCACAUUCACCCGGAUGAGCACCCAGCCCCCACUCACACUACUGAGACUGGCAAUUCACAACUUGCUGAAGGACAAGGACUUGGCCAUGAGGGCUGUGGAAGAUUUGCCAGGGAGCUCUUCUCACCAGUGUUCAUGGAGGCCUUCACCAGGGGACAUACUGAGGCCCUGAAGGCCAUGGUGCUGUCCUGGCCCUUUCCCUCCUUGCCCCUAGGAGCACUGAUGAACAUGAGGAUUCUCCAGACUUCCGAUGCUGAGGUGGAUGUUAUGGAGAUGGAAAAAAGGAUUUUACAAGGAUUGAUAUGCGGGACAAGCAUAACAACUUCUGGAGAGUCUGGGGCUGGAAACAAGUUGGAAGCCUAUUCCUUCUCAGAAGCCGUGAAGAGGAGAAACACAGAGAAGAGUGUGCCAAGGGCAGCAGAAAAGCAGCCCCUCACCGUGAUUGUAGACCUGGAGCUCAGUCAUGAAUGUCUGUAUCUAUUCCGAUCCUACCUCCUCAAGUGGGUCCAGCAGAGAAAAGGUCUGGUGCAGUUGGAUUGUCCAAAGCUGUUCAUUAAAGCAACAGACAUUCAAAGUAUCAUAGAGAUGAUGAAAAUCCUGAACCUUGAUUCGGUGCAGGUGGCAGAUCUGGGUCACUGCUGGACACUCUGUACCCUGGCUUUUUUGGCUCCUUACCUGGUUGAGAUGAAAAAUCUUCAUACACUAAUCAUCUCUGACUUCUGUGUGCCUGAGUUCCUUUCCUCAAAGGAGCUAGAGCAGUUCCUCACCCGUAUCACUUGACAAUUUUGUAAGCUUCACCAUCUGCAGAAGGUAUUAUAUAAACUCUCCCCUUCGUGAGCCAGUGCCUGCUGUGGAUGCACAGGCCUGUGUGAUCACAGAUGCCUAGCUCUGUGCCUUUCUGCCUACCUUGAACCGAUGCUCCCAGCUCACUACCUUCAGCUAUAUGAGGAACUCCAUGUCCAUAGCCACCCUGGAGAGCCUGCUGUGCCAUACUGAGGAACUUUAUCCCUGAAUGUCUGCUGGCUGAGACUGGACCAGUUUCAGGGUGGGCUGAGGAGGAUGGUGCAGCCAUUAAACCAUCGCAGGAUAGUCUGGUUUUGUGUUGCUCACUGUGUGCUGUUGUAACUAUAGAGUCUAUUAUCUGCACCCUGCUCCAUGGCCUACUUGUAUCACUAUCUAGUUGGAUUCAAAUAUCCUAUGCUUGUGUUGGGCAUCAGGAACACGGGACCUUUGUUUCAGCAUAAAUGAGAAAAAGACAGGUCAGACAGCAAACUUGAAGAAUCUUUGAGUUAAAGUGACUUUGGUAGACUUGGGUCUUAGAAAGCAUCAGAAAGAGAAAUCUGAGUUUCUAGCUAUAAAUUCAGGCUUGAGAUGAGUAUGGCUUUGAAUGUAAAGAGCUGAUCUGAAAUAAAGAGAGUUGCAUCUAAAAAUAAAAAAUAAAUUAGA